AUGUCGUCGGCGGAGCAGGAAGCGACGGACGACGAGGUUGGAGAUGCAGCGGCGGCGGAUGGUGGUGUGGCUUCGGUAGUUGAGGCAAGAGAUGCUUUUGUAUCACCAGGCUUGCUCAGAAUAAUCCUAGCUUUCCUUGCCAACCCCGUUCUUGAGAACGGUGCCGACAAUAGGCACCAAAUGGCUUCAUACCUAUUGGACAUGAAGAUCUUUGAGAUGACCGAACCAAUUAGUGUGAGCUACAAUGUAAAGACAUCAUUGGGAAGAACUGUGACUGUUAAAGGACGGAGGAUAUUCAGGUGGGAGAGGGAGAACCGCAAGUUGUACAUGCAGAGAUCUGAUGGGCCACAUGGAAGGAUAACUAGGAUGGAGAUGGCGACAAGCUUUGGCGAGGAGAUCUCUCAAGGGCUGCUGUAUGAGAGAGUUGAUCUGAUUCCGACUCUCACCGAUCUUCUCAAGGUUGGAUUCUUGGUUGAUUUUGACGAGGAUGAGGUUGAGUUCCUGCUCAGGAGCAAGAAUCUCCAGCUUUUUUCAGAGGAUGAAGAUUUCAUCAUGGGUUCAUUCUCUUCUCACUGA